UUCAUUUCCCACUUCUUGUACUUGCUAUCAAUCUCUCUCUUCUUCAAUUCUCCUCCCUAGGGUUUCACAGAUGUUCUCCGUCACCCAAUUCGAUUCCUCCUCCGGUGGCGGCGGUUUCACCUCCACACAGCUCAACGAUUCUUCGCCGGCACCGCAAAAAGGCCGUGAAUCGCAGGGUUUGGUUCCGGUGACAGUGAAGCAGAUCAAUGAAGCCUCUCAGUCUGGUGAUGAAAAGUCAAGUUUCGUGAUCAACGGUGUAGAACUCACCAAUGUGACGCUGGUUGGAAUGGUGUUUGAGAAAGCAGAGAGAAACACUGAUGUCAAUUUUGUUUUAGAUGAUGGGACAGGGCGAAUCAAAUGUCGAAGAUGGAUCAAUGAUGCUUUCGACACACAGGAAGUGGAAGAAAUAAUGAAUGGUAUGUAUGUUCGUGUUAAUGGGCAUUUGAAAAGCUUCCAAGGUGUAAGGCAGGUUGCAGCCUUUUCUGUCAGGCCUGUGGUGAAUUUUGAUGAGAUCCCUUUUCACUUCAUUGAUUGCAUACAUCACCACCUCCGCUCCAAAUUAAAGAUGGAGGGAACCAUAUCUACAGAUCCUCCUGCAUCAGACUCAUCUUUGAAAACUCCUGUCAGAAACACAUCUAAUGGAUCUCAGGCACCAUCAUCAACUCCUGCAUAUGCACAAUAUGGUGUGGAUGGACUCAAGGAUUGUGAUAAAUUGGUUAUUGACUAUCUGCAGCAGCAUUCAGACAUGUCGGAUGAUCGGGGAAUACAUGCUAACGAGCUAUCUCGAGAGCUCAAGCUUCCAUUGGACAAGAUCAUGUUAUCGCUGAGGACUCUUGGAGAUGAUGGUUUAGUAUACUCCACCAUAGAUGACUUCCAUUACAAACAAGCUUGAUAUUUUGUCAUUUUUCAAAUAUAGCUAGGGAUUGUGCUGUGGACAUAUUGAUGUUUGUCCACUACUCUAUUUUGAUUUAUUUUAGGCUUCUACAUGUAGAUAUGCUUUUGGAUCGUAUGAAUCACUUUUAUUGCCCAAAUUCAUGAACCCUUGUUAACUGCAUUGUCUUGCUUGAAAACAUUUUUCACCUCCACUUUAUUUAUAAUACAUGGAAAUAUUAUUAUCUUGACCCCA